AUGCUAAUUCCCAUGCUAACUCCAAUGCUAAUUGUAAACUAGCCAGCUAGUUAGUGGCUAUUAAACACAUCAGCAGCCACACAGGCUCAGGCUCUUUAAUCCCGCUACUGUGAAACAAAGGCCGCCAGCGUGACGUCGACGUCACCUGCGCGGACAGUGGACACCGUUUUUUUCCCCCAACUUUGAACUGGCUGGACCCAACGAGGAACAGACGUCACUCAUGUUUGUCUCCAUGCGGGUGUGUAUGUAGGCGGGGUUAACGGAGACCAUUUUCCCCCUUUUUACGUAUUUUCUUUUUUUUUUAGUCCUUCACUAGCUUUUGCGACAAGCACAAACAUGGCGCAGGCGUUAAACUUUCUGUUGAACAAUUCCUGCGGUUUACAGGACAAGCUGCAGAGUUGGCUGCUGGAGUACAAUAUGAUUUCCUGUGACGAGAACAUGAACAGGUGUUGUGAGACGAUCGAGUUCACGGCCAAAAUCCAAGGAGAGCUCUUUUCCAUCCUGAACUCAAUAGCUGCUGAAGGUAAGCACACAGAUGGAGUGUCCGCCAUCAAAACACGCUUGCUGCCGUGCCUGGGAAAUUGUUUCUCAACAUUAAGGUCGCCUGUUGCCAGCAUUGACGCCACUUCAAGUCUCUCGCAGGAAUUGGCGGAAAAGGACCGUAAGAUCCUGGAGCUGGCCAGCUGCAACAAGUGGUUGGAGUCGCAGCUGUGCGCCACUCAGAGGCAGCUGGACUUGGUCAAGGCAGAGCUGAAUGAUGCUCAUCGGGACCUGGACAAGGCAAAGAGCAAAACGGUGACCACCAUGCUGGCCAGUGAGGAUGAACUACUGAAGCUGAAAGAGGAUUUGAGAUUCGCACACUCCCAGAUAGACCUUUAUAAGAAUAAGCAGGUACCCUAUCAUGAUUACGACCGGCAGGCCUCCAUGUUGAGGAAUGAGGUGUCCUACCUAAACAAAAACAGGUUGAUGAGAAAUAGUACUAUUAACGCCUUAUCCAGCCCGAGGCGCUCCUCCAGCCCCCUCAGGUUCGAGGUGGUCCCCCGAGCCCAGCUCACUAGCUCGAGCUCUUCCCGUCUGCUGCGCGUGGUGUCGCGCUUCAAUGAUCUGUACGCUGCGGAGCGCAAGGAGGCGGAGUCACAGCUUCAGAAUUACAUCAGCAACUCGGACACAGUCCAGAGGAUCAUCUUCAUCGCUGUGGUGGAGUCCUUCAAGACUGCUAAACUAGCUUACCGUCUCUUAAAGCUGCGCACUCGCAAAUCCUUGGCUGCAAUUCAUCCUGGGCAAGAGAAUCUAGAGGAUACCAUCUUGGAGUACAUAGUAAAAAACCAGGACCUCCAUGAUGUGCAGUCCAGCGCAGAUGAUGUUGUCAGUGCCAUGAAACUAAAUCCUUCCAUCGCCUGCAUCUCAAAAGUCAACUUUGAUAUAAUCAGACCCUUAAUUAUAGAGACAUGCAAGCUGGCCUUCACCAUGCAGACAUUAGACUCACCCCUCGACUUGGCCUUCGCCAGUGAUGGAGAACAUUUCAUCGGUGACAAAUAUCGUCGCAGUCGUGACUCGGACGUCUCUGUUCAGCGAGUUUCGUACCACAUCUGGCCCGCUCUGAUGCAGGGCAGCACGGUGCGGACCAAAGGGGAAGCUGUGACCAAACAAGAACCUCUGUGGAGUGGAAGCAUUGACAGGAACUGUGGAGUCAGCAAUAUGCGAUCACGCUCCCUCAGCCCGACUCAGAAUCGCUCUCUUAUGUUUCAAGACAGAAGAAGCUUGUCUCCCGGUGCGCUGUCUGCCAGCUGCUUGUGACCACUCGGAGCGUUCUGUGACAUCAUCAUCCUCACUUGGACUCGAACCAGAUUCAACUACGUUCGCAUCGGCACUCCGACACAGCGUCUCCAUCCAUGAGUGGACGGCACUGCGCUGAUGAGCAGCGAGCGGAGGUCACUGCGUUGAAGGCAGCUACGUGAACAACUUUACCGUACAAUUGUACGUGCAUGAAAACCGAUCAACUUAGAACACACUUGGUGCUAAUAAUGAUAUAAUUUCAUCGUCCUCCAGUAUCACUUUACAGCAUUGAUUUAGUGUUCUUAGUGUGUUUAUUUUGUCUCCAUUGCAGACGUAUACGAAUAGUUUGUACUGUGUAUAACAUUUUUUUUACCAGAAUUUUGGAUCAAUAACUUUAGUUUUGUAUCAUGUUAUUAAUAAGUAAACAAGUAUCAAAUCGUUGCUACUUAGAAAAUAUUAGCUUGUCAUCGAGCUAAAUAGAUUUGCUGCACUUUUGUCACACUGUUUAUUUUUGUAGAAUAGCAAUAAAAUAUGUAUUUCAUUAUAC